AUGUUCAUUGGCGGUUUGAACUGGGAAACAACGGAUCAAUCUCUCCGCGACUACUUCUCGCAAUUCGGCGAGGUCCAGGAAUGUACUGUCAUGCGUGAUAGCGCCACCGGCCGCUCGCGCGGUUUUGGCUUCCUUACUUUCCGGGAUCCGAAGACGGUCAACACGGUGAUGGUUAAGGAGCAUUACCUGGAUGGCAAGAUUAUCGAUCCCAAGCGUGCCAUUCCGCGCGACGAGCAGGAGAAAACCAGCAAGAUUUUCGUUGGCGGCGUCAGCCAAGAAGCCACCGAGCAAGACUUCAAGCAGUUCUUUAUGCAAUUCGGCCGCGUCGUGGACGCAACCCUUAUGAUCGACAAGGACACCGGUCGGCCCCGCGGCUUUGGCUUCGUGACCUUCGACAGCGAAGCCGCCGUUGAAAACGCCCUCUCCCGCCCCCUUGAGAUCCUCGGCAAGCCGAUUGAGGUGAAGAAAGCCCAGCCGCGCGGCAACCUGCGUGAUGAGAACCGGGGCGGCCGUGGUGGUGGCCGUGAGGGCUUCCGCGACAUGAACCAGGGCGGCGAUGCUGGCCAGCAGCAGGGCGGCCAACAGGGCAUGGCGGGUGGCAUGACCCCCCAGAUGAUGGCCCAGUACUGGCAGCGUAUGCAGCAGUACUUCGCUAUGAUGCAGCAGCAGAUGGCCAUGGGCGGCGGCAACAUGAACAUGGGCGCCAUGAACCCGGCCAUGAUGCAGCAGAUGCAGCAGAUGCAGAUGAAGCAAAUGCAAGCGCAGAUGGCCGGCGCUGGCCCCCAGCAGUCCGGCGGCAUGAGUCCCAACCCCGGCUCCCCGGGUUCCCAGCAGCAGAACAUGCCCAAUAUGAUGAACCCGGCCAUGAUGCAGCAGAUGCAGGGUCAACCUCAGGGUCAGCCUCAGGGUCAACCUCAGGGCCAAGCCCAAGGCGGCGGUAGUGAGGGCGCCAGUCCGGGCCCCGGCUACAACCGUCAGCCUGGCGGGCCGGGAUACAAUGCCCAGGAGCAGAUCGCCUUUGAGCAGCAGAAAUACGAGCAGCAGCAGGCCCGCCGUGUGAUGGACACCAGCCGCGCUUUCUCGCCGUACCAGCAGGGCGGCCCGACUUCGUGGGAGGGUAUGUAUGACGAGGUGCCUCAGCCAAAUAUCCCCACUGGCCCGCAGGGCAUGACGCGGGGAGGCAGCAUAGGUCGUGGUCUCACCCCCCAGCCGCAGAGCGCAGCCCCCGCCAACGCGCCCACCGGCCCACGCAACGCCGGCAAGCCUGGCGCGAACUACCGCGGCGGAGGCCGUGGCGGACACCGUGGUUUCCAUCCCUAUUCUCGAUAG